GCAUUUUGUUUGUACACAUUCCACCUUUGCUGAAUCCGCGUCGUUUGCAGCUGGAUUUUCCGUUUUCCGUGAUCCAAUUCCCAAUCCGAACGUUCUGAAACUCAUUCGUAGUGAAUCGCGACCAUCAUGGGCCCCCGCAAGGCUCGGAUGUGUAGGCUAUGCCUUUCGACGACUGCUAUUCUCCGGUCAAUUUUUACCAUCUUUCGAAACUAUAAUCUAGUAUUUAUCAUCCGGGAUGUGGUUAAGCUGGAGAUAGAGGAAGAUGACAAACUGCCCAAGUCCAUCUGUAAGUCGUGUGCGGUCAAGCUGAUUCGAAUGCGAGAAAGUGCUACUCUGUUCAUUGACAGUGACCGGAAGUUGCGUGAGAAACUGUCUGGGGAUGAUGACGCUGAACUGUCGGAUGUGGCCAAUGAGCUCGGAACUUGUCGUAAAAGGAAGUACAAUAAACAAACUGAUCUGGAUGUCGACUCUCUGGAUGAAAGCACUGAGUUGGAUCGGGAUGAAACGGUCAAUGAAGACAGAAGGACUGAAAGAUUGGUCAAACAGGAACUCGUUGAACAUGAUGGAACAGUGAGGAAGGAUGGUGAUAAUCAUUUCAUUGAUGUCAAAGAAGAACUAAUGGAUAGCGAUGAGGAUGACCUGCCGCUGAAAAUCCUUUCAAUAUCCGUUGGAGCUGCUUCGUUAGACAACGUUGUAAAGGAUGAAGAAAAGCCAGUGAUGGUUGAUGGUUGUAAGAAAGAGGAAAACCCAAUAGAAAAAUCAUUUUCGCAAGAAUUCGACGACAUGGAAGAGGCUGACGAUAAAAAGUACGAAAGCGAUUUCGGCGAUCCAGUUGCAUCAAGCCCACAGCAAUCCGAUAACGACAGCGAAUUUGAUGCAUCGAAGAAAAGAACUCGCCGAACUAGGAACGUGUCUGCCAGCAAGCCGAAAGCGAAGAGAGCUUACACAAGGCGGAAGAAAAUUAUAAAGGAGGAGAGCGAUGAUGAUUUAUCGGAAGAUGGUGACGACGAGGAGAAGGAUAAGACGUUCGAGAUUGGCGAUGCAAUUAAGCGUAAUAAAAACCAUGAAAUCGAUGGGUCAGAGGACGAGGUUAUAGUAAAGAAGAAAAGAGGUCGUAAGAAAGGAACGAAGUUGGCAAAGGACCCCAAUAAACCAAAACGAAGACCGGGUGCGCCAAGAAAAUACCCGAUUAUUACAGGUCCGGUACCAACGAUGCAUGAUUACAAGUGUUACAUUUGCAAUAGCGAGUCCUUGGGAUGUAAAAAGGCUUUACUCGAACACUUUUCGACCCACGUUGACAGAAUUCCAUUCACGUGCAAAGAAUGCGUGAUGGAGACGGUCGUCAUUAACCGAGUGAGAGGUUUGAAUAGUCACAUGAAGAUGCAUGCCCAACCGGUCAAGUGUGACUAUUGCGAUCGCCGAUACAGCAAUUCAGCUGGAAAGUAUUACCACACCCAGGUGUUCCAUCUAGGUCUUGGGGCACCAUGUCAGGUUGAAUGUGAAAUUUGCGGCAAAACGUGCGGCUCGCAGCAGGCUCUCAAGUCGCACAUGAAAUAUCACACGACGAAGCUGAAAUGCAGCAAGUGCGAUAUGGUCUUCAAUCAUCCGAACAAGCGGAGAAAUCACGAGCGGCUACAUGACGAAAAUAGAGGGCUGGAGUGCGUUAUUUGUAAGAAGGUUCUACAAAGUCUGGAAUCUUACGAUGUGCAUUUGAAGAAGCACAGUCAAGAACGCAGUUAUCAGUGUAAUCUCUGUUCGAAGAAGUUUGCCACGUCGUGCAAUCUGAUUCUACAUCUAAAGGUACAUGCUAAAAACGAUAACUACCGGCCGGCCAAGUCUUGGAUUGAGCACUACACCGUACUAAGCCGCAAUCCGAUGCACUUCAAAUGCAAUCACUGCGAUCGUUACAACACUGACAAAGUCAAUAACAUGAUCUCGCAUCUGCAGGCGCAUUUCAAAGAGUACGAGUGCGACCAGUGUAAGCACAAAUUUGCAACAGCCAAACAGCUGAGAGCGCACUAUACCACCCACACCGGUGAUAAACCGGAGAAGUGCAAAUACUGCGAAAAGGUGUUCUCCACCAAAAAUAAUCUGCGAAUUCAUUUGAAAGCAUCGCACCCGGAGUGGGUUCCCCAGAGGCAACAAGCGCCAACCGUUACAGUGACUCAGCCGGCCGCUAAUCAAACUACGAUACCUGCAACGGUAGUAACACUGGCUCCAUCGGUAGAUGCUGACUCUCAACCGCCAGCCACUACACCAAAUUCGGACAUUUUCGAUGCGACAAGCAGUAACAGUGGAUUCGGUAUGAUAAACCAACAGCACGUUCAACUUCAACAGCGCACCCAGCAGUUACAACAUCAACCGAUGACAAAUUUGAACAUUCUUAGAAGUUAAGGUAAGUGCUAAAAUUAAUGUACUCUUAUAGGUAGUCUGAUAAUAUUAUAAUCAACCAUAUUUAAAGUCGAAA